UUUAGUCGUAGGCUGAAUGUAGAUACGACCUUUGUGCUUGAAAAAUUAAAAACCUUUUCUAGUGCACAUUAUAAUCACAGCUUACUCCUCAUUCUUUCUUUCCUUUAUAUCUUGGGAAAAAUGGCUGAUAAUAAAUUAUAUGAGAUUUUGGGAGUUUCUAGAAGUGCUAGUGAAUCUGAAAUAAAACGAAGCUAUCAUAAGUUGGCAAAAGAAUUCCAUCCUGAUAAAAAUCCUGCUGCAGGAGAUAAAUUCAAAGAAAUUAGCUAUGCCUAUGAAGUCUUGUCGGACUCGAAAAAGAGGCAAAUUUACGACAAGUAUGGUUUGAAAGGCUUGCAGGAGGGUGGCCAGGGCGGCGGAUUCCCCCCUGAUGAUCUGUUUGGACACUUCUUCGGUGAUAUAUUCGGAAUGGGAGGCGGUAGCAGAGGUCGUGGUCCCGCUCGAGGUGAAGAUACCAUGCAUCCCCUUAAAGUUUCUUUAGAGGAUAUGUACAUGGGAAAAACUACUAAAUUACAACUAAGUAAAAAUGUGAUUUGCGGUCCCUGUAAAGGUAUUGGUGGAAAACCUGGGUCUGUCGUGACCUGUAAAGACUGUCAUGGACAGGGUAUCAAAGUGUCUUAUCAGCAAAUUGCACCACAUAUGACUCGUCAAUUUCAGUCUCGUUGUCCGACUUGCCAUGGCCAGGGUGAAACUAUUAACGAUAAAGAUAAAUGCCCAAAAUGCAAAGGUAAGAAAGUGUUAAAUGAAACCAAAAUCUUGGAGGUACACAUCGAGAAAGGAAUGUGUGAAAACCAAAAGAUUUUCUUUAGAGGAGAGGGUGAUCAACAGCCUGACACCCAGCCUGGAGAUGUGAUUAUUGUGCUGCAACAAAAGCCUCAUGAUAUUUUCCAGAGGACUGGUGAUGACCUGGUGAUCAAACAUGAAAUUACACUUACUGAGGCAUUGUGUGGUUUUGAAUUUGUUAUUAAGCAUUUAGAUGGCAGGGAUUUACUUGUUAGACACACACCAGGAGAAGUCAUCAAACCUGGAGACUUAAAAGGUAUUCAAGGAGAGGGGAUGCCUCAAUUUAAAAAUCCAUUUGAGAAAGGUAAUCUCUACAUAAAGUUUGAUGUUGUUUUCCCUGAAAAUAACUUUGCUACUGAAGAGCAGUUGAAACAAAUUGAAACUGUACUACCACCCCGCCCAGCAUUUGUAAUGCCUACUGGAGAAGACGUAGAGGAAGUUAAUCUGAUGGAAUACACAGCCAGUGAACGUGGAAGGGGACGAGAGGAAGCUUAUGCCAGUGAUGAUGAAGAACAUAUGCACACUGGGCCUGGAGUGCAGUGUGCCCACCAGUAGUUCAAUUGUCCACAUUAAUAUUAUGGAUUUUACUCAAACCUCACACUAUAUAAUUUUAUCAUAGGUUAUUAUAUAAAUUAAACUAAGUAGGUAUACACUAUACUGUUAUACUUAGUUCACAGAAUGCUAGAAUUAUUUGACUUUUGCGUGCAGUGUAUUGACUUUGGAGUAACUACAUAUAUUCCUCUGCCUUUUAUUAAAUUUGUUGCAGAAUUAAAGUUGUUAGCAAAAGUCACAAUGUUUGGUAUUGUGGGUAAUGUUUUAUGUAGUGUAAAUUGAUGCAGUUAAUUUUUCAUCAAAUUGACUGUAGGCUGGUAAGAUAUCCAAAAUAAAUACAAUUUGCAAUUAAUGUUCAGUUUAAAAAAAAAAAAACUGCCUGUGAUACCUCAUAGGUCUUAUUGCUAUUGGUGGUUUUAAAAUUGUGUUGUUAUUUUCAUUAAGAGCUAGUUAAUUUGAGUUGAGUUAGUUUGAGUAUGAGCUGUCUCAACUGCGCUAGUUGGCUCAAAUUCGGCACUAGAAUAGUAUUAAUCCACUUAUGGGUUAUUGGAUUCCAUAAUAAUAUGUAUUAUAUGAAAAAUAAAAUUUAGUGAUACCUUA